UGCAUGGGUGAAACGAAGUGUGCCAUGAGUGAUCAGUCUCAGAAGCUGAGGGGAAGACUUAUAGAAAUGUAUCAAAAGAUCAACCCAUAUAGCAUUACCUGCCUCUUUAAACUAUCUUUUGAUGAUUACGCUACACAGACUCUGAAACUAGCUGACGACGAUGACCAGUCAUUACAUGACAAAAACUGUACUGAAUGUUGUUUGGAUUCUUUGCGAAGAAAUGAUGUAAAAUUGGAAAGCACUUGGAAUUUAGUAAACAGCACAGGCUAUAUGGACAUUUCAGGUUGGAGCGUGUGCAAUCACAGACAUUUACCCAGAGUAAAUACAUGGAGGAUUUAUUCAUACAGUGACCCCCAAACUGAUUGCGACCAGAAAUUUAGGAGGUCUGUAGCCAAGAAAAUUGAUUCCAGCUCCAAGUCAUCAUCCAGGUCUGGAAGUGCACGGUCCCUAAAUGGUUCUUUUGGCAGAAAGAAUCCAAUUGUUCCCCCUAGCACCCCUGUAGACUAUGAAUUUCACCAUUAUAGAAAUCCAAGACAGUACAUAGCACAGUAUAGGAGGGAAAAUUAUACAUCAAAACAGAAAAACAGACAGCCUCUGCCAGGAUUUUCUGUCAGCCAUCACAGACAGAUAUCAAAGGCAGGACUGAAGUGUAUUGAUGUCCGUCAUGGUGCAACCAUUCAACCAUGCUAUCAUAGGGUGUCAAACUCUUGGGUGCUAAAUUAUAGAAACUCAGCAAUGAAAAAAGACAAGAAGAGUCAAACAGCAACAUCAGAGAGUGUCACAUCUGCUUCUGGCACAAGUAGUCAUGAUAUCCAGUUCCUAAUUCAAAACAAAAUGACCUGUCCAAAGUCACCAUCCUCUCAAACAAUACAGUCCUGUUCUGUGCCAGAUAUUUCAGCUACACUAUUAGAUAAGGUGACAUCAACUGAUAAGGCAGUGCCAACUGAUAAAGAGGUGCAAAAUUGCCAUUUGAAGAGGAAACCGAGCCCUGUGAUCAGGAGAAGCAGACCUACCAUUCCAAGCAAUGCAAAUGGCACAGUUUGCCAGUCUGCUAUUGAGACUCCCAUAUACAUACUGCCAAGCACAAAAUCACCAAGGAUUCAUAAAGACGGGAAUAAAGAUUCAAUAAAGAAGAAAUAAAGCAUAUGGAAAAAGAAAUAUUGUAACAAAGAU